AUGUCGGCGACCCUUCCGUACGCCGCUCGAGACGCCGAUGACCCCGGCGGGAUCGGCCCCUCCAAGGCUGCCUGUGUGACCAUCGUGACCCCCUCUUUUCAACGCGACGGGACUUCCAUACCGGGUCUGGCGACCAAACCCGGCGUCGACGAGCCUCCUCAGCGCCGCCGUACUUCUUUCUGCGUACCCAUAGAUAGGGUGCUAGAAAACUACGAGACGUCGAAGCUCUUCUGGACCAUCAUGUCCAUCGAGUCGAGGCGAAUGAGCUCGAGGCUGACGCUACUGCUCAAGCUGGCUAGGAACGUGACCGACCUUCGACGACUCGCAUAUCUCGCCAUCGCGAGGCUUUACUUAUACGAUGUUUCCCUCUUUAACGAUGCCGGCCUGGAGGGAUAUAAUUAUUGCAUAGACGCCCUCAACUCGGCCGCAUGCUCGGUUCUCGAGCUUAGCUCAAAGUUGGACGACGCUGGCGGCUUCUUCUCUCACUGCCUCUUUAACUGCUACCAGAUUUACGUCUGCGCCGUUUUCAUCGUCCUCAGAAUCUCGAUGAAUGACUUCUUCAGAUCGAUCCUGGAGGUCAACCAGGGGGCCGGCGCGCGGAUGGUUGAGGCAUCCAUCGCGGCCCUCAGAAGGACCAGCGUCGCGAACAACGACCUGCCGGCCAGGCUGGGCGACGUCCUCGGCUUCUUCUCGGCAGUUCCACGGCCGUCAUCGUCGUCUGCCGUGUGGGGCGCGACAUCUGACGACUUGCGCCUAAGGCGAGUCAAGAACAGGCUGAGCGCGAGUGUGCUCUACAACUAUCUGUGGACGUGGCGGAGCUACUUCGGCAGGGAGGAGACUCGGAUCGACUCCUCGGACGCGACGAGUUUUAGGGGCGGUUCUGAAGGCAUGUUGUACUACCUUUCCUUCGGUCGAUAG